CCCUACUAAAAUCGAAAAUCUUUUAAUUUUUCACUUCGAUGAGUAUUGGUCGUGCACGUGAUCAGCCAUCUCAAUUUUUUUUCACCAGAUAAAUUUAUCUCACUACACAACGACGAGUCACUAAUCAACAGUAACCGUUAGUAAUCCAUCAAAACACAACAAGAUGAUCAUUCCUAUUCGUUGUUUUUCCUGUGGUAAGGUUGUUGGAGACAAGUGGGAAACAUACUUGGAGUAUUUGCAGGAUGAAUCCAUGACUGAAGGUAAUGCAUUAGACAAGUUGGAGUUAAAGAGAUACUGUUGUCGUAGAAUGGUGUUGACACAUGUAGACUUAAUUGAAAAGUUCUUAAGAUAUAAUCCUUUAGAAAAGAAAGAGAUCAGCUGAUAUGUGUUAGCUAUUAGUUGCUGAAUGUUACCCCCUGUAUUUUAGUUUUCACAGUAUAUCAUAUAUGUAUUAUGUGUAAUAUAUAAGCAAUAUACACAAUAUAAAAAGUUUUUAAGUUAAC